AUGAAUCGAUUUACUGAUAUAGAAUCAAAGCCAAUACAACUUCCACCAGUCUAUGGUUAUUUAUCUCAUCCACUAUUACCCCUCGAAAAAGCUCUUGAACCAAUCGCAUCUCAGAUCAAUCAACUCAGUCGUUAUAAGAAAAUUGCUAUAAACGAAUGUCAUUUUCCAUCUGAACACGGACUUACUCGAGAUGAGUCAGCAGCCGUUUAUCUGUACACAAUGGAAUGGGGCGAAGAGAGCUUCUAUCAAGUAAUCAAUCGUUAUCUACGUGCUGAAGAUAGAUCAUCAUUAAAACCUUGGUUCGGUUAUCUAAAACUAUUUGAUACAGCCAUACAAAAGCUACCCACUGUUCGAAAGAAUCUAUGGCGUGGCGUUUCAAAAGAUAUAGCAAAGAAUUUUAAAAAAGGCGAUGAAUUCUCGUGGUGGAUGAUUAGUUCAUGUUCAACGUCACUGAGCAUCAUCAAAAAUUUCGUCGGCUCGAAUUCAACAUUAUUCUUGAUUGAAGCCGUGAAUGGGAAAGAUAUUUCAAAUUACACAAACUUUCCAAGUGAAAGUGAAGUAAUUCUUUGCCCAGGCACUCGACUUCGUGUUGUCAGUGAUCCUCUGGAUCAAACACCCAUGUGCGUGGUUCAUUUAUAA